UAAGAGGAAGUUAAUCGCUUGGCGAACUAAAUCACGGCAAUACUUCCACGGGUUGUAAACAUCAAUUCUGUCUUCUUUGGGGUUAUUCUCAAGACGGAAGCAGUCUACAAAAACAGAAGCGCUGUUCUGCAGUCCUGGCCUGCAAGAUGGUACAGAUUGCUGUUAAACUGUCUCUCCACUACUCCAUCCUUGUGGGUAUUGUCAUGCUGAAAUUCCUGGAUGGGCGACCUCAGAGCUCAACAAUGGUCAGAUAUGAAUUCAACAGUACUGCUCGGAAAGACGUGGCCACAGAGGUUGCAGGCUACGCAGAUGUGGCCAAACGGAUCAUCGACCUGGCUGUGUUUGGAGCUGCACAGAACCGCUCAUACACACGCCUUGCAGACUUUACCGACACCAUUGGGAACCGCGUCAGUGGCUCGAUCAACCUGGAAAUGGCUAUCAAAUAUAUGUAUAAAGCUAUGACUCAGGAUGGUUUGGACGUACAUCUUGAACCGGUAAAAAUUCCCCACUGGGUUAGAGGAAAGGAAACUGCAAUGAUGACAUUGCCAAGGACCAAGAAUCUUGCUAUACUGGGCCUCGGGAGCAGUGUAGGGACGCCCCCUGAAGGCAUUGAAGCAGAGGUGUUGGUUGUUGGAUCUUUUGAGGAACUGAAGCGCAGAGCCAGCGAGGCCAAGGGGAAGAUUGUGGUCUUCAACCAGCCAUUUGUCAGCUACGGUUUGACAGUGGCAUACCGUGAAUAUGGCGCCUCCGAGGCAUCGAAAUUUGGAGCCGUAGCCACACUCAUUCGAUCCAUCACGCCUUUCUCAAUUAACAGUCCUCACACAGGUUGGCAAGACUACCAGGAUGGUGUGAAGCGCAUCCCUACGGCAUGCAUCACCAUUGAGGAUGCUGAGCUGAUGUGGCGUAUAGCGCAGAGGGGACAGCGGAUCACCGUCAGACUCACAAUGGCCGCCAAGACACUCCCAGAUGCCGACUCCUUUAAUACGGUGGCUGAGAUCAAAGGCUGGCAGCAUCCCGAGCAGGUUGUCCUAUUGAGUGGUCACCUGGACAGUUGGGAUGUGGGCCAGGGUGCCAUGGAUGAUGGGGGCGGCGCCAUGGUUUCCUGGGAAGCCCUGUCGCUCAUAAAACAGCUAGGUUUACGUCCAAGGAGGACCAUGCGCACAGUGCUGUGGACGGGUGAAGAGCAGGGUGGCGUUGGAGCGCAGCAAUACUAUGAUCUUCAUAAGGUGAAUUUAUCCAACUUCGAUAUGGUCAUGGAAUCCGACAUGGGGACAUUCAGCCCAGUGGCUCUGCAGUUUACUGGAAGUGUUGCAGCACAAAAGGUGAUGGAGGAGGUGGUCAAACUGUUAGCUCCUCUAAAUACCACAAAACUGGAGAACCGUGGGGAGGGGACGGACAUCACUCCUUGGAUGCUGGCCGGAGUACCAGGCGCCAGCCUCCACGUGGCCGACAGUCGCUAUUUUUGGUUCCACCACACAGAAGCUGAUACCAUGACAGUUCAGGACCCUCGAGAUAUGGACCUCUGCUCAGCUUUGUGGGCCGUGGUGGCUUAUGUAGUAGCAGACCUCGAAGACAUGCUGCCUCGGUAGUUGUUUAGAGGAGGGGACACGGGGAUUCUUGGCAACUGCGUCACAAGUGUUUACACCGGUGAUAUAGCAGUAGAGUAUCAAGGCUUACCAAAAAGUAACAUCGCACAUUAUUGGACUUUUAUUUAAUCACCGGUUUUCCAUGUGUUCUAAAAGAUUUUACACAUGACUAAAUAAAUAAAUGUACUUGAAUUAUUUUGUAUCAUAAAUAAACUGCAUUUGCUUUGGUCAUUCAUCACCAUA